AUGGGCAAACGAAAAGCUUUACGUAAUCGUUUUGGUCUUGAGGAAGAUUGUAAUGAUUGUCUGGCAACAACAUGUUGUGCUCCAUGUGCAAUUUGUCAAGAAGCACGUGAACUUAAAUAUCGUUCAGCCGUUCCUGGAGCAUCAGCACCAGUUAUAACACAGCCAAUGGCCACGAAUAUGUAUCCAGUAUAUGGACAACAACAAAAUAUGCAACCAACACGUGAGCAACCCGUACAUUCUGGCAAACGACAAACUUUACGUAGUCGUUUUGGUCUUCAAGAAGAUUGUAAUGAUUGUGUAGCAACAACAUUUUGUGCUCCAUGUGCAAUUUGUCAAGAAGCACGUGAACUUAAAUAUCGUUCAGUUGCUCCUGGAGGACCGACAUUAAUUGUAACACAGCCAACAGGUAUGGGUAUGCCUUCACCAUAUGGACCACCAGUAAAUAUGCCACCACAAUAG